AUGGGACCAAUCAUUUCACGAAUAUUGAUGGAUAAUCUACGCGAUUCUAUUCGACUACCACUUCUCAAAAUAGUCGAUUUCAACGAAAAUUCACUGCUUUUGCCACGUAGUAAUGCCUCCGAUAGAAAUGUAGAUGAAGAGUUCAUCGAUACGGGAUCGGUGGUUCAUACAUCAAAUGACGAACGUCUAUGUGGUCUGACAAAUUUAGGAAAUUCUUGUUAUAUUAAUAGUGCUGUACAAUGUUUAGCAAACAUUCGAGAAUUAACAAUAAAAAUAUUACCUCUUCGCCAACAGCAAUUACCUCAUCUGAGCUCUAUUUAUGUCAAAUUAAUGACAGAGAUGUGGUUGGGUGAAGAUGAUUCGACGACCGCCGAAGAUCUCAAAACUGCUAUUAGUGAAUUAAGUCCACGUUUUGGCGGAAACGAACAACAGGAUGUACUUGAGUUUCUUAUGGUUCUGAUUGGAAUACUUUUCGAAGAAUUAAAAUGCAUACUCGAUCUUGAUCUUAUUCAAGGCACACUUCAUUCAAGUAUCACUUGUUCUCGAUGCAAUCAAUCAGUUGAAAUAGAGGAUUUCUUUACAUCGCUAUCAUUGCCAUUAUCAUGGCAAAUUCCUUCGGAAACGAGUGAACAACAAGGAUUUUUUAUGAGAUGUGCUACAUCUCUCUUGUCAGUAUUCAGAUUGUCUCCUGAACCAAGUUUAACUCUCGAUAAUUGUCUCGAACAUCUAUUGUCAGAAGAGAUUCUGGAUAUACAUAGACAGUGGUUUUGUCAUCGAUGUAAUUGUUUGACAACGGCAACAAAGAAGCUCGAUUUAUGGACUGUGCCGAAGAUUCUUAUUUUUCAAUUGAAACGAUUUACAUACGAUCUUUCAAAUAAUAGGAAAAUUCAAACUCUUGUUCAAUAUCCACUCGAUCAUUUUUAUCUUAAUAAUUACGUUAAAAAUCCAGCACACACAAAACCUAUUGAAUACACUCUUGUAGCUGUAUCGAAUCAUGUAGGAAAUCUUCUCAAUGGACAUUAUACAACAUUUGCUCGGCAUCUAUCAAGUCAACAUUGGUAUCAUUAUAAUGAUCGUCAAAUACAUAUUGCAUGGGACGAUGAAAUUGUUACUUCAAAUGCCUAUGUUCUAGUCUAUGUUAGAAGGGAUUUAGUUUUCGAUUAA